UAGUAUUGAUUCGUCGGCGGCGGACGGAGGACGGACGGAGGCACGGCGCUCCCGGCAGACUGUCUCGGCGACCUGACCUGACCUGACCUGAGCGCGGCCCCGGCCGGCGACAUGACCUCGCGAACUCGCUGAAGGGUGGGGUCGGCGCCGGCCCCUCGCCAGCGGGCCAGAUGACCCAGCUCAAGUCCAAAGAGCCGCCACCUACCUGGAAGGAACGCGAAAUCAACGGCAACUGCGAGUUUGGCGUCAAAAGUUACCUACAUCAGUUUUACGAUGGCCCAGAGAGCGUGGACUUCGACCUCUAUGAAUAUGAGGAGGACCAGUGCGACCAGUCGUCCUGGCCGGGGCCGGCGGAGGGCGGCCGGCGCCGGCGGCGCGCCUGCUGCCGGCCGGCCGGCUGCGUCCGGCCGCUGCUGAUUCUCUCGCUGCUGCUGCUGGCCUCGGCCGGCUCGUUCCUGCUGCUGCUGGUGCUGCUGCCGCCGCCGCUGGCGCUGCUGACGGCUGCCUCGGACGUCACGGCUGCCGAGCUGGCCGCGCUGACCGCCGCCUGCAUGGGCGCCACCGGCACCCUGGUCUCCGUCUGCCUGAUGCUGCAGGUGAAAUCAAACGCCCUGGCUGCCCGGGAGGGCGGCGGUGACCAGCGGUCUCUGUACCGCUCUCAGGCCGCGCCUCCCAGCCCCACAGAGGCCACGGUACCGGCCACCGCUCAGCUCAUCAGCAUCCAGCCGGACGCACCGCCGCGCUAUGACGUCACCAGAGUCCAGAGUGACGUCACCGGGACUGGCGAACACUAACGGAAAACACGGGUGAAUGAAAGGGUGUGUCUCGUACUGGGAUGUCUCCCGAAAGGAAGCAUCGCAGGCCGGACUGAGUGCUUAGUAUUCCAACGACAGAGGCUAGUAUAUGAAAGCAGUGGGUGAAGGAGUUAUGAGAAAUGCUAAGACUGAGAGAAUGCUUUCAUAUCCGGCUCAAAAGCUGUCGAGAUAUUAAAGUGAAUCACAGAAUGUGUCUAUUUUGCGUGUAAAGGCAAGUGUUAUGGCUGCAAGGGUUAGCGCGUGUGUUGUGGGUCGCUUGCCACCCAUAAGGUGAAAUC